AUGUCCAUAGAGAAAACAAUCUCCCGCAUCAGUCAAAAGCUGGAUUCUUAUGAAAAGAAGGACAGCAACGGCGUUCAAAUCACUGCUGUCCAUUCCACAUCAUCUCUCGAAUCAGAUGAAGUUGCCAAGAAUCCUUUCAUAGAUCCCAAAGUAGAAGAAUAUUAUCGUAACUUGUAUACUGAGUCCAAGUAUGAGUGCUAUCCAGCCUUUGAUCCUGAGUUUAAUUGGACCGAAGAAGAAGAAAAGAAAGUGAUUAGAAAGAUCGAUAUUAGAGUUGCUUUAGCUGCUUGUAUUAUGUUUGUUGGUUUACAAGUUGACAGAGGUAAUUUGGCCCAAGCUGUUACUGAUAAUAUGUUAGAAGAUUUAGGUAUGACUACUAAUGAUUAUAAUACUGGAAAUACAAUCUUCUACGUUACAUUCUUGUUAGCUGAAAUCCCAUCCCAAUUAAUUUCCAAAGCCCUUGGGCCUGAUAUGUUUAUUCCAAUUCAAAUUUGUUUAUGGAGUAUAGUUGCUCUUUGCCAAGCCGCAUUAAGUGGUAAAGUUUCGUUCUACAUUACUCGUGCUUUAAUCGGUAUCUUAGAAGGUGGGUUUAUUGCCGAUUUGGUCUUAUGGUUAAGUUAUUUCUUUAAAAGUAAGGAAUUGCCAGUUAGAUUAUCUUGGUUCUGGACUACAUUAUCUUUAGUUCAAAUUGGUACUUCAUUGCUUGCAUUUGGUAUCUUGAGAAUGAGAGGUGUAGGUGGUUUGGCGGGUUGGAGAUGGUUAUUCCUUAUUGAAGGUAUUUUCACAUUGCUUAUUGGGAUUUCCUCUUUUUUCUUGAUGGUUCCAUCUGCUCUUCAGACUAAGAAUUGGUUAUAUCGCAAUGGUUGGUUUACUGAAAGAGAAGAGAAAAUCGUUGUUAACAGAGUCUUAAGAGAUGACCCAACCAAAGGUUCAAUGCACAAUCGUCAAGGUCUUACUCCAAGGAUGAUUGGAAAGAGUUUGUUAGAUUACCACUUAUGGCCCAUUUUUGCUAUUGGUGUUGUUGCUUAUAUCGGUCAAAAUACCUUCACUGCUUAUUUUGGUCUUUUGAAUAGACAAUUAGGAUUCUCUGUUUUUACAACUAAUCUUUUAACUAUUCCCCAGGCUGUUCUUCAUAUCAUUUUGUUGUUAGCUAUUACUUGGUUUUCCGAACGUAUCAAUGAAAGAUCAUGGGUUUGUGUCUUAGCUCCACUUUAUGCAACUCCAUUAAUUGCAAUUAUCAGAUGGUGGCCAGGUGCAGGUAUCAAGGUAUGGCCAACCUAUGUUUUGAACACUUUAUAUCUUGGGCAACCUUAUAUUCAUGCUAUUUGUGUUUCUUGGGUAUCUAGAAAUUCGAACUCCGUUAGAACAAGGUCGGUAAGUUCUGCACUUUAUAACAUGUUUGUCCAAUUGGGAAGUGUUAUUGGGAUGAAUAUUUACCGAACAGAUGAUGUACCUUUAUACCAUCGUGGUAACAUGCAGUUGUUUGUCAUUACGGCUGCAUUGAUUCCUCUCUUAAUUUUGACCAAAUACUAUUACGUCUAUCAAAACAAGAGAAGAGAUGGAAUUUGGAAUUCCAUGACAGAAGAUCAAAAGGAUUAUUAUAGAAAGAACACCACUGAUGAAGGUAACAAUAGAUUAGAUUUUAGAUUCUCGCAUUAG